AUGAGGGAGGUAGGGAGCUUCGCCGGUGUAAUGAGACAACAAUUGCUGGUCACUACACGAAACAAGUGUGUUCGACCUGAGGGGUUCGCUUUAUACAAAAAGGAAGAUAGUCCGAAGCGCGGGAAACAAAGUCCGAAGGUAAAAACGUUGGGUCCGAUGUUUUCGGGUUUUGGGUUAGCGGGUUACGUCGGGUUACGUCGGAUUAGCAUCGGGAAUGUAACAAAUUUCGAGGAUAGUGAAUGUGUUUCGGAUAAGGAAAGGAUGAUAUUUGCGGAAUUCAAUGAAGAACUACGAAUAUCUAAUGACCUCCUCCUACUCGGAGGUAGAAAGGUAAAUAAUGUUAGCGAUGUGAAAACAGAUGACUGCACACCUAGUGGGGUUAGAUACGACAGGACAGGACAUAGGGAGGACAAGUGUGCGGGAAAAUAUCGGGUCCGAUGCGCAGGAAACGUCGGGUCCGUCGGAUUAGCGUCAGACUAUGUUGGAUUAGUGUCGGGUUAG